AUGCUUUCCAUCCAGCCCGCCCGCACCCAAAAAUGCACGCCAAACCUCCUCCCCGCCCGCAUAAAUCACAACGGCCCCAUAAACAACGCACAGCAAUACUGGAAGCCCGAGACUGAUAGCAAAGGAAAACAGCACGCAUUUUUCCGCGGCCGCCAUCUACACGGCACAGCGCUCCCGCUCCCAGCGAAUUACACCGGCGCUAUACUGCAUGUCACAGAUAAAACAUUGCCGCACUCUCAGGCUCCAGGGAAUAACGACGGGGCGGAUGGCGAUGAUGUAGAAGAAGCGGACGAAGAAGAGAGUUUGCCGGUGGAAGUCAAGAUUGCGGAACAAAUAGGCGAGUUCGAUGAGAUGGUGGUUUGGGGGCAUGGGGGGGAGGUGGAUGGCGCGCAGGAUGUGUUUGUUAGGGGGAUGCAGGAGUGGGUUGGUUUUGCGGAGAGUAUGCAUGGUACUGGAGAUGAAGAGGAUAGCACAGACGAGAAGAAGGUCGUGAACAAAGCGAGACGGUGA